AUGUCUGCAGGUCAUUCCGAGCCUCAGGUUCUCUACAGUGUGAACAAUAUCACAGCAUAUUCGGUCCAGAAUGGAGAAGAACAUCCCAUCACCGCCUCAGGGCCUCAGACGCUGUCGCUAUUGAUGGUGCCUACUGCAUCACCGUUCGCCGACUUGUCCACGACCGAACCCACAAGUGCAGCCCCAGAAGAAGACUUUUAUCUUCAUCUUCAUCUUCCCCCCGAAGUCGAUCUUCCUCUACCUGCGACCACUCAAAUCUACCACAAACCUCCAAGCAGUUACCUGAUUCCCCGUUGGGACUUGGGUCCUGAUGCGGGCGCUUUUAUUCGCAUUCAAUUUCCUUCAGUAGGCUCGGGCCCUGGAAAAGUUACACAAGAGGAGGUAGAUACAUUUGAAACUAUCCUUGCCCAGUGUACCGCUUUCCUCGAACGCGCCACGAGCACUCCCAAAGGCUUUGAACGAUACAAUCCACAAAACUAUCGACCUGGAGAGGGUUAUAUUGGCUCGAGCAACGGGAAGGAUCAAGCAUCACAACAUGGACAGAUUGUGCUUAUUGACGAAGAAAACGGAAGCGUAAUUGGGGAGCUGCAGGACAAUUAUAAUGUGGUGGAGGCAUCGUCAGUGAAACCUGGAUCAAAGACACCAGUACAGAUUCAAUUGCCGGCCGAAGGGCAAGGAAAUCAAAUUCGGGUGGACAACGUCUCUGAAGAGUAUCUUCAGAUGGCCAGACAUCCCGCUUAUGCGAAGUCCACCAUUGUCCAGACCUCGGCGACAGCGUCCAGGCUCAUCGUGACGAGCUCGAGUUAUCUUGCCGAGAAAAUAUCCUCCGGUGCCGAUUCAUUCCAAAGAAAAACACAGCCGAAUCCCAAACCCAUGACUUUCUCCCCUGCGACUCACGCGCGAAUUCGACAAAUUCACUCCUUCACUCAGGGUGCGGUGGGUCUGAGCGCGAAGACCGUGGGACAAUUGGGCAGAUGCGCACAGAAUUUCGGUGCCUCGCUGGCUCGCAAGGGCGAGAAGAACAAGAAAGGGCUGGGCAAAGAUUACAAGCCUGGCAUUCUCAACAAAUCCAUGAUCGCCUUCUCUACCAUCGCCGACGGUAUCGAUCAAGCCGGACGCAAUUUACUUGCUUCGGGUUCUGCGGCGGCCACCAAUGUUGUCAGUCAUAAAUAUGGCAAAGAAGCUGGUCAUGUGGCGCAGGGCCUGGCCGGCGGAGUCAAGAACGUGGGUCUUGUUUACAUCGACGCCAUGGGAGUGUCUCGGAGAGCAGUGAUCAAAUCUGUCGCCAAAGGUAUGGUGGUCGGGCGGAUGCCCAAUGGACAACAGCUCGUGGUCGGUGCGGGAGAUGGAGGGGUUGUGCCGGCUGACGCUUUACAUGGCGACGUCAAGCCUAACGAUUCUUACGACCCCGGCGUUUAUGGAGGGCCUUCGCAAGCCGGGGUGAAUAAACCGGGAUACGGAGUUGAAAGUUAUGGGAAUGCUGCAAACGGACCGCCAUCAUAUUCUUCUGGUGUUGCAGAGCCACCGGGAUCAACGUGGCAAGGAGAAAAUGUGCGCGAGAAGCGAUAA